AUGGCUAUGGCAUACAUUAGAUCAGGGGAUGAUUAUUUGUCAAAAAUGCAGAUUAGAAAGGCAAUUAAAUGCUAUGAAAAAUCAUUAAAAUUUCCAAUACAAAUAGGGAAAAAAGGGAACAAAACAAUUGCAUAUCUUGGGUUAGGAGAUGCUUAUAGAUUAAACAAUCAGUUUCAAAAGGCAAUUGAGUACUAUGAAAAAUCAUUGAAAAUUGUACAGAAAAGAGGAGAUAGAGAGAAUGAAACAAUUGCAUAUCUUGGGUUAGGACAUGCUUAUAGAUUGAACAAUCAGAUUCAAACGAAGCGAGAAGAUAAAGAGAAUGAAACAGGUGCAUAUCUUGAGUUAGGACAUGCUAAUAUAUUUAACAAUCAGAUUCAAACGGCAAUUGAGUACUACGAAAAAUCAUUGAAAAUUGCACAGGAACGAGAAGAUAAAGAGAAUGAAACACGUGCAUAUAUUGAGUUAGGACAAGCUUAUAGAUUGAACAAUCAGAUUCAAACGGCAAUUGAGUACUACGAAAAAUCAUUGAAAAUUGCACAGGAACGAGGAGACAGAAAGGAUGAAACAGUUGCAUAUCUUGGGUUAGGAGAUGCUUAUAGAAUGAAGAAUCAGAUUCAAACGGCAAUUGAGUACUACGUAAAAGCAUUGAAAAUUGCACAGGAACGAGAAGAUAGAGAGAAUGAAACACGUGCAUAUCUUGGGUUAGGACAUGCUUAUAGAUUGAACAAUCAGAUUCAAACGGCAAUUGAGUACUACGAAGAAUCAUUGAAAAUUGCACAGGAACGAGAAGAUAGAGAGAAUGAAACACGUGCAUAUCUUGGGUUAGGACAUGCUGCAAUUGAGUACUUUGGAAAAUCAUUGAAAAUUGCACGGGAACGAGAAGAUAGAGAGAGCGAAACAGAACGAGAAGAUAGAGAGAGCGAAACAGUUGCAUAUCUUGGGUUAGGACAUGCUUAUGGAUUGAACAAUCAGAUUCAAACGGCAAUUGAGUACCACGAAAAAUCAUUGAAAAUUUCACAGGAACGAGAAGAUAGAGAGAAUGAAGCAGGAGCAUAUCUUGGGUUUGGAGAUGGGUAUAGUUUGAACAAUCAGUGUAAAACGGCAAUUGAACACUAUGUGAAAUUAUUAGGAAUUUCACGGGGACGAAAAGAUAGAGACAGUGAGAUAUAUGCAUAUCUUCGGCUGGGGGAUGUUUAUAGAUUGAGCAAUCAGUUUUCAACGGCAAUUGAGUACUAUAAAAAAUCACUGGAAAUUUCAAAGCAGCGUGAAAAUAGAGAUUAUGCUAUACGUGCCUAUUUUCGUUUAGGGGAUAUUUAUGUUGUAAACAAUCAGAUUGAACGUGCGAUUGAAUGUUAUGAGAAAAUUGCAACUGAAAAAGGAUGCGCCUAUCGUGAUAAGUUGGCGGAAAACGUAGCUCAAGAAUUGUCAUUUGCAGAUUCGUUUACAGAGGAAUCGAAUUUGAAGAGAGCUGUAACAUCUCAGGAAACUGAGCUUUCGUCAGAUGACUCUGACGACCAGGGAUACGAGCAAGCUUUACGUCUGAAAAGAUUGGGAAAAUGUUAUGUUAAUCUUGGAAGAUUGGAAAAGGCCCUGGAGUAUUUUCGGAAGGCUCUAAAAGUUUUUUCUGGUCGUGGUGAGGAAGCUUUAGAGGGAAUUUUAAAUGAAUGGUGUGGAUAUUGCUGCCGUUUCGUGGAAGGCUCUGAAAAAGAGGCAAAAAUAUUUUACGAGCGGGUAAAAGAAAUCGCAAAAAGCGCCGGAGAAAAGAAUCAAGAAUAUCGUUCAAACGAAGCCAUUGGACAUAUUUUAUGUAAAACUGGGAAUUAUAAUCAUGCGAAGGAAUAUUACAACGAAGCGAUCAAGGUUGCUAUAGAACUUGACGAUAAACAUCGCGAAGGACUAUCUUGUCUAAACUUUGCGGGUGCAUGUUGUAAAGCUGGUGAGGAUGAGAAGGCAGUUCAAUUCUAUGAAAGGGCACGACAUAUUUUUUAUUCAGAACAUAAAGAUCACAUCCUGCAAGAAAAAGCCCUUGCUGGUUUAGCUGUUUCUUGGUUCAGUCUUGGAAACACUAGAAAAGCGAUGGAAUUAAUUGAAAAAGCUCGAGAACUUGCAAACCACGUAGAGGAGGAAGCAGACUCGCCCGCAAAAGAAGAGAUUUCAAAGGAAGCCGAACCAUCGCAAGCAACAAAUCCUAUUGCAGAAUGGGUGAACUUGGUAACGGAGGAAAUAUGCAACCCAAGCAGGACAGAAAGACUACGGAGUGACGACCUGGUUUGUCUGGAGAAAUACAUCAAAGAAUUUCCUGCUAAAUACGUGUAUACUCAUCGGGCGUCAAGAAAAGAACCUCUAACAGAGAAAAUUCGUAAAUCAAUGACAGAGAAUGUCAAGUCGGCAGCUUACAAUGAUUUGUUAAAUCAUGAUAAUCACACUAAUGACGGAAACUUUUUCUAUGAGAAUCAAGUAAUUGUAAACUUUGCGAGAGAUGAUGUCUACAAAAAUGUUUCAACUAAAAUGCCCGCAAGACUUCUCGCUUCUUUAGCAACUUAUAUAAAAUCCAUCGCUCGCAUUUCUUGUGAAAAUGCUGUGGGAACGUGUUGGCUUGUUUCGAACAGGCUUGUUAUUACCAACUUUCAUGUUUAUAUGCAAUUCAAUACACAAAGAGUGAUUUCUCAAUUGAGUAAGAAACAAAAAGAUGCUCAAAAUAAACAAACAGAAAACACUCAAGGCAUGGCAACAGAAGACACGCAAAAUAAGGAAACAGAAGAUACGGAAGACAUGGAAAUAGAUGAUUGUCAGAAUUGCAAAUUACCAAUAAACGUUUUGUUUGAUUUCCUCUAUCCUAACCAAGUAGAACAGAGUGUUAUGGUGGAAGUUGAUGAAGAACAAGAUCCUAUGCUUGAGAGUCCGCACUUAGAUUAUAAAUUCUUUCGUUUGAAAGAAAACCAAGUUCUCAGUGAUCGUCUUUUUCUUGGUCCCAUUGUCCGAAGUUACCCAUUACAAGAGGGCGAGUUAUCAUCAUUGGUCAUCCGGGCGGUAAGGAAAUGCAGGAAGAAGCAUGCGUCGUUGUUAGCAAUCAUUCUUGGCGUGAAAAACUUAAUGUAA